GCAAUUUUUCACUAUUUAGAAUGACAAGGAAGACUGUGAAAGGCAAGCGGAAAUUUGCUUGCAAAGCAGAGAGAGAAGAGACAGAAACAGGCACUGGAAAUGUAUGUGCAGUGACUACAGAACCAAGGGGUCCCUGUUGUAAACAGCAUCAACCAUCAGAUCCAGAUCUUAUCAGACGAGAUCUGCUCAGCUGGUACGAUGUUAAUAAGAGAGAUUUACCUUGGAGAAAGGUUUCUAGUCAUGAUAUCAACCAGAGGGCCUAUGCAGUGUGGGUAUCAGAGAUUAUGUUACAGCAGACCCAGGUUGCCACGGUCAUUGAUUACUAUAAUAAAUGGAUGAAGAGAUGGCCAACACUACAGCACCUGGCAAAGGCAACGUUGGAGGAGGUGAAUGAAAUGUGGGCAGGGCUCGGAUAUUACUCUAGAGGAAGGAGAUUACAUGAGGGUGCAAAAAAGGUAGUUGAAGAAUUAGGAGGAGAGAUGCCCAGCACAGCAGAGACAUUACUGAAGCAACUGCCUGGAGUUGGAAAGUAUACAGCAGGGGCCAUUGCAUCCAUCGCUUUCAAUGAGGUCACAGGUCUGGUGGAUGGAAAUGUUGUGCGGGUGUUUGCCAGAUUGUUCAUAAUAGGUGGUGAUAGUACAAGUCAAAUGGUAACAGAUACCCUUUGGAGCCUGGCCAAUACACUAGUAGACCUUGACCAGCCUGGGAAUUUUAACCAAGCAUUGAUGGAGCUGGGGGCCACAGUUUGUAACCCAAAGACUCCAUCUUGCAGCAAAUGUCCACUAAAAUCUCACUGUAAGGCUUACUCACAGGUAAUAGAUUGGCAGAAGAGAACUGCAUCAAGACUUACAGAAUCCAAAGCAAGCAAGGGGAAAGAUGCAGAUUUUCCAGAUAUUGAAAAUGCCUCACUGGAUUGUAAGCUGUGUCUUCCAUCAUCUGAACCCUGGGACAGUAGUUUAGGAGUUACAAACUAUCCCCGCAAAUCUAAGAAGAAGGCUCCAAGAGAAGAACAGACACCAGUGUGCAUUGUUCAGAACUGCAAAGAUGAAUAUUUGAUUGUCCAAAGGCCCAAAACAGGUCUGCUGGCAGGUCUGUGGGAGUUCCCAAGCGCAACCCCUCUUGGGGUAGAAUGUGACCAGACUGAGGCUGUCCGACACUUACAGCAACAUUUACACUCAAAACUCCAUAUUGGAGGGAAAGAUAAAAACAACUUAGCAUAUGUUGGAGAAGUUAAACAUUUAUUUUCCCACAUCAGCCAGACCUAUGUGGUGUACCAGCUGACCCAAGUGGACAGUGUGUUAGGUGAGCUAGGUGGCCAGUGUGGUGACCAGUGCGCUAGGUGGGUUGACAGAGACCAGUUGAUGGAGGCUGCAAUAUCUACUGCAAUGAAAAAGGUGUUCAAGACAUAUGAAGCCAGUCUAAGUAAACAGAGUGAUGGAGAGAAAAAUUGCAAGGUGAGAUAA